AUGAACUAUAAAUUGCCAGGAGAAAUAAUAUGUGAUGCAGACGAGUUUAUUAAAGGACAUGGAACACAAAUUAAGGAUGAUUGUUUAGCAUCUGUUUAUUUUGGACUGCCAAAAGUUAUUAAUAAAUUAGUUACUGUUGUGCCAAAAAUGUAUAAUCGAUACAAUGCUGAGGUAGGUGAUGUUGUAAUAGGAAGAGUUACAGCUAUUUAUAACAAAAAAUGGAAAAUAGAAAUGAAUUGUAAAUCUGAGACAUCGCUAAAUUUGUCAUCGAUAAAUUUACCCGGUGUCGCCCAGCGUCGAAAACUUGAAUGUGAUGAAAUAAUGAUGCGAGAUUUUUUCGAUAUAGAUGAUUUAAUUGUAGCUGAAGUGCAAAAAGUAAAUAAAAGUGGAUCAGUUUCACUACAUACACGCAAUGAAAAAUAUAGAAAGCUGGAAAAAGGCGUUCUGGUAAAAUUGACAGCUUCCAAUGUACCUUAUGUCAAAACAAGAUUUCUAAGAUUUUCAGAUUUUGAAAUAAUUAUUGGAUGUAACGGAUAUAUAUGGAUAGCUCCGCUUAAAAAUAAUUUAGAAACAUACAGAAAUGUUUUUCAUGUUGUAAAUUAUUUAAAAAAAUGCAUUUCAGAAAAUACUGUUCCAGAUUUCGAUAAAAUUUUUUAA